CUGACGCUUGGAAGCCCCGCACACUCAUAACUUCGGGCAUACUUACACAUUAAUGUCCUUGCAACACUUGAAGUUAUCUAGGCAGACGACGCCACAACCCUCUGACACUCGUCGUCUCUUGCACGCUGCUUCCUAUCGAUGCAAUAUAUGUUUACAGCUUGGUCACUCAUAGCUCUCUUGCUAUAUCUUAGUCCAGUAUACGGGUGUGAUAUUUGCGUCGAGCUCACCAACCUCGAUGGCACGCUCGGCACGCCGGGAGUGCCGGAUAAGCAGUGUUCGGCCCUGGCCACGGCUUUGACGACAUUUUUCAUCCAAGGCGCGGAGCUAGCGGGUUUCUCCGUGCCUGCGGCAGAGUUUCAAUGCGUUGAGCAGAGCGGCACCAGGCAGGUGGCCUGUGUAGGCGGUGUGGACCAGGGGGAUGUCGAGCCCAUGGCGGACCACUUCUGGCAGACCGGGGCCAUGUUUGACAAGGCCGUGGGCAACAUGAUUGGACUGGGGCCGGUAGCCUGUCAGGACAUUGGGGUUGUGCCGGAGAAGCACAUCCGCAUCUACUCGGCAUGCCUGGCGCCACUGGAUGAGCACACGCGGUAUCCACUCGUGCCGGACUGCCCAUACGUGGAGCCAAGCACCUCACCCCCCUCACCUGCGCCGGCGCCGGUGCAGCAGCAGCCAGAGCACCAGCAGCAUCCGGAGGCAAAGCCGGAGCCACAGCCUUCCCCUGUGCCUGAGCAACACCAGGCCUCGCCGGCGGCCUCGCCCUCUCCGCAGCCGGGUGGAUCCCAGCCGGGUGGGCAGGGGCAGCCGCUGCAGUCCGCAGGCUCACCCGGCCUCGCACCCAGCACCCCUGAUCCCAAGCCAUCCCCGUCCCCUGCAAGUGGAGGUGGAGAUGCACCCAAGCCCGGCCAGGGCCAGGGCCAGGGCCAGGGCCAGCCAGGCACGGGGCCGGGCGGGGGUGCUACCGCGGACAGGGACAAUGCGCCGCCGCCGCGGGGUAGGGCCAAGAAGCCGCCGCCGCCACGUAAGCGGGCGCCACCUCCUCCCCGUAAGAUGCGAUUAGGUACCCGGAACUAGCAUGGCGGAACGAAUCUAUGUAAUCCGCGUAUUAAGCGAGCAUUUGUAUUUUUGCAUUGAUGUAGGCCGUAUUGAUUUUCCCGACCCGGCAUGCAUUCAUCGAUUGAUUCUCCGUGAUUGUCCUUUCUUUUGACCAUCUUGGUAGCCUAGACCUUGGAAUGAAUCUACCAGGCCUACAGUACGUGAGCAUAAGGUGCUUGACCUGGGGAAGAACACUUCUUAGCACAAACAGGAGUGUGAACCCUAGCAUGGCUUGUGAGCGGAGGGCGCAGGGUGUGAGGGUCGACCGUGGUGUCGUGCGCCUGUUGCAGGUUGUGCUGUCGUCAAGUUUAAAUUCGAUGGCCGUGUGGGUUAUGAUGCAGUGCUUUUCUAACAUUGAAAAGGGUGAUGUCAGUGGUUUGGGUUCCACAUCCUGUCAACAGAAUCAAUCGCUGACAAUGGGGUUGACCUUACGUUGCGCGUAGCUUGGACUGGGCAGCUGGCCUUACUGUAACAGUUGAGGUUG